GCUGCCUGCCACGUUAGUCAGUCCCAGCUGCAAAAACGGCAAACAAGUAAGGAGAAAAUUAAAUUAAUUAACAAAAAAUAAUAAGGGAAAAGACAGUAAAGGACAGCAGGCGAUUUACGAAAUUACCAAAAGCACCCUUCACGAAGAAGAAGAAGUCAAAAAACGCUUCACAGAGUAAAAAUAUCAGGGCGGUGUUUGUAACGCAAUUAACGGGAAACCAGGCGGUAAUUUAAUUGUUAAACCAUAGAUUAAGGAGGGGGGAGUUGGGUGGGAGAGGGUAAUUAUUAUUAGUUAAUAAAGCAAUAAAUACUUAAAAAACAUCUAAACUAACAGCAUUAAUAUCGCUUAGUCAAAGGUCCGGGACUGUACCCAAAGUGUCCGAUCUCACGUGAUCAUGCCUCCCCAGCCCAAAUUCCCAUACCACUCCCCCUUCUUUCUUUCAAACCCAAAAAACAAAUAGCAAAAAUCCACGUCAGCACAUCACAUUCCUUCUCAUUGGUCCAAAUUCGCCCAACCAGGCCCUACCUAUCCACGUGUAACGUCACACGCGCCCACUUCUUAUGCGGCGCAUCGUCAUGCAGAUAAAGAAAUACAGAAAAAAAAAAAAAAUCCCAACCACAAAGGACGGACUCUCCAUCUCCGUUCGGGUCGACCCGGGUGGAAUAAAACAAAAAAAAAGGGUAAGUAAUUAAACAAUUUUCUUUUAUACAGAAAAAGGCUUCACCGGGUAAACGGAACGGAGGAAUCAGAAAUUGAGUGUUUUAUGGUACGGGUUACGGCUAAUUCGGGAUGGCUAUAAAAGAAUCGGUUUGGGUAUCCCAACUUCCGCUCAAUCUCUUGCUUCUUCUUCUUCUUCUUCGUUUUCUCUCACUCACUUUAUUCUUCUUCGUCCUCUACUCCUCCUCCUCCUCCUCCAGCUUCAUAUAGUAUUGUGAAGGAAGACUGUUUCUCCUCCCUUAUCUUUGAGAUUUUGAUUUUUCUGAGAAUCCAAACACCCUCCUAAGCCUGGAAUCUCUCCUCCCUUGCCCACUUUCCUUCCCUUUUGUUCCUCCCCUUUUCGCCUCCACCCUUUUCUCUGUUUUCCAAAAAACAGAGUGCCAACAGAUCUUUUUGAUUCACUCGAAGGGAGAAGGGGGCUGAUUCCUGGAGAACAAUUUUUGAUUCGUUUGUUCUCUCCUUUGUAAAAGCGAGCUACUCUCUCUCUCUCAGUAAACUACUGGGUUUAACUUUCCUGAGAAAAUCUCUUUUCCCCUCAAUCUUUGUUGGUGAGUGAGUGAGUGACAGAGUGAGUCUGUCAGUCCUUCAUCUCUCCUGUUUCACCCAUUCAAUCGCCAUUUCUCUGUGUCUCCUCUCGACCCUUUUCCUCUUUGCCUUUUUUUCUUUGGUUGUUGUUGUUGGUGAGGGCAGGGCACACCACGCUUUCCCUUUUGCGGUCUCUCGCCUAUUCGUACAAGAGUGAACACUUUCUCCUUCUUCGUGCUUUCACAAGGGAGCACGCUUUUAAAGAAAGUUUCACAAAUCUCCAUUAAUGUCUCAGAUUAUUUCUCCCCCUUUCAUACCUUCCCUUUAAACCCCUUUCUUCUCCUUCCUCCGCUCUUCCCCCUUUAUUCUCUACCCUCUCGUGGCUCCGCCUCGAAAGAAUCUCUCUCCCCUCUUUAUAAUUUGAUUUCUCGUCCUUUCUCCCUUCUCAAAUGCCAAACUACCCAUAGCUACAGAAUCAAACAAAUUUGGCCGAAAUGGAUACCAGCGUUCGUUCCCUCGCGCCGGUCAAGUUCAGCGAGUACCGGAAUCAUACCAAGCUCGUCCGUCCUCCUUUCCCCGCGGACGACUCUGUUUCGUCGGAGAUGAAGCCCACUCGAGUGGUCAGGAUUUCAGUGACCGACCCAGAUGCCACCGACUCGUCCAGUGACGAGGGGGAGACGGAGCUUUUUGCUCCGCGGCGAAGGGUGAAGAAAUUCGUCAGCGAGAUAACUGUGGAGUCCUCUUGUUCUGUUUCUGGCGCCGGUUCCCAGUACGACGACGUUUGGGGCGCUAGAAGGAGGAAAUCGAGGUCGAAGGCCACGAGGUCGAAAUCUUCCACCGGUGGAGGCGUCUUGUCGGUGAGGCCGACGGAGCCGGCAGCAGCGGCGGCGACGAGGAAGUUCAGAGGUGUCCGUCGGCGGCCGUGGGGGAAGUGGGCGGCAGAGAUAAGAGACCCGCUCAAGCGCGUGAGACUCUGGCUAGGCACCUACGAUACAGCCGAAGAAGCAGCGAUGGUGUACGACAACGCGGCAGUCCAGCUGCGUGGACCCGACGCGCUCACCAACUUCCUCACCCCUCCGCCACAUCCAACGCCCACCACCGCUUCCGCCGCUGCUCCUACCUGCAGCUCGGAAUACAACUCCGGCGAGGAGUCACGCAACGACAAUAAGGCUGUCGGUGGAAGCCGUUCUCCGAUCUCGACGCUCCGAUUCCCGUCGCCGUCGUCCCAUGAAGAGGCCGAGUCGCAAUCACAGUCGCAGAGCACCGUCACGGCGGCGAAAGAGGAUUGCUCAGAAAUCUCAGAGUUCUCUUCCAUGGAUGCGCUCUUCUCCGACGAGGCGUACGAUUUCAAGAACUCCAUGCGAGACAUCUUCGACGAGACCAACCUGGCGGUGGAAGGGUUCCUGAGCCAGGAUUUCGGCGGGGACAUUUUCACCGGCGCAGUCGGGUCGGACGAUUUCGGGUUCGGAUUCUCCAGCUGGAACCCGGACGAUUGCUUUCAAGACAUCGGUGACCUGUUCGGGUCCGACCCUCUGCUUUCUGUAUGAGAAGACGACUGGAGAGAAGUCCGGCGAGUUUGAGCUCGUCGGUUUUUUUCUGGCUCCCGGCAUAGUCUUUUUUUUUUUUGUUUUGUUAUAACCGGCGGGUAGGGAAUGGGGAAAAAAUCCGACGAAGAAUCUUUGGGUUGUUAAGUUUCCGUUUCUCCUUCCUUCCUUCCUAGUAUCAAUUUUGUCCCCUUUUUCGUUUUUCUUUUUUUUCUGUUUAGGAAGUUGCAUCAAAUUUUGUCUAUUUUAAUUUUGAAUGAAAUAUGUUAAUUGUUAUUAGCAGAACAUAUAUUAUAUUAUUAAUAUAUAUUAUUGUUAUGGAAAUGGAAAUGAACGUCAGUCACAGUAACGGUGACGGUCUAAGUUUGGGCUACGUGUUAUCCGGCCUGCUUACUUCGGCAGUUCGGCUGGGUUAGUAUUUGAGAGGGCACGUGUUCUCUUCACGUGACCGCAACUAUUUUUGUGAUUUAAAUUAAAAGAAUAAUAACGCAUGAACGCUUAUUAAGAAAUAAAUUAUUUUUGUUUUGCGAAAAAGGGAAGUUUUUUUUUAACCUUAGGCGAAUCCCACAUUUAUGCUAGUUUUUUUGCUAUAUAAAUCAUCAUGUAACACGUUAGGCGAAUCCUACAUUAACAAAACACGGGAGAGAUUCAUGGUUCAUAAGUAAGAACUAAUAAAUCCACAUUAACUGACAAAACGCGUUUUGAGUGACCUCAUGUGAAGUAACUUUGAUGUACAUCUCAAUCCAAAAUCCGUGAAAAUUUAAACCUGAAACGAACAAUACAUUAUUGAAAAAAAAAGUUCAAAAUGUUACACAUGAUCAUAUGCUUGAAAAAUUAAUUAAAGUUCAAACACUUUAUGGUCUUGAAUAUGUCCCAUUGAGAGAGGGGUCCAAAAAUAGCUAUUAUGGAUUUAAGCCGACACUAGUUUGGGGUACAAUUUAGAAACACAGAGAUAAAAUGAUACAUAUUAUUGUCAGCUGGCACUUAACUUGUUUGGCAAACAACAAACAGAAGGACGGUAGAAGAUUUAGAAGAGCGUGUUGGAUUUAUGGGAUGAAAUCUAUGGCCCGUCCAUAUAAAUAGAUUACUUGCAAUUUACAGCACCCGACUUAUUAGUAUGUACCUAAUAACAUCAUAACUAAAACGUGCAUUAUUCACCACUGGAUUUCUAAUCUAUCAAACAAAUUUUACACUUCCUGCUUACUAGUUAGGAUUGUUAAAAAAAAGCCUUACAAUGUAGAUGCCAACCCGAGGUUCAUUAUGACUUGCCGUAAUUGAAUUGUCUUUCUGCAUGUUUCUAGUAUUAUUAUACAGAUAUUUUGGACGAUUCGACAUUAUUAGAAGUUUGUAGAUGUGAAUUUCACAUAAAAAAAGUCCCUAGACGAGAGACUUACAGAAGGAGAUGACAAAAACAACGCACAUUUGUGGUCUUUUCUUCCGAUUCUCAUGAAUGAGUGCGUUGGAGAAUUGAUUUGUUAUUAUGAUGUACUAAAUUGGGUAAUAUUAAUUGCUGCUUCAUCGCUCUAUCGACUCCUUUGUUUCCAGCAGUUUUGGUAAUGGUCAAGAAACUGUUAGAAAUCAUAAUAAACAGUGAAAAAACCG